AUGAGUCUCACCCACUACAGCUCAGCAGACGACGACGAAGACUACACUUCCAGCGACACCGACCACCUCUUCAUGAAAGAGUCUCCCCGCCGCCGCAGCAGCGGCACAGCAAGUCCCUCUCGCAGCAACGGGAAUAGCGACAACCAACCUAUUCCACCACCAAGAACACGGACGCUGAGCCGCUCAACACCCAUCUGUGUAUGUCGCAACCCCUCUGCUGUCGCUUCCGCCGCAUCCUCUGCUGCAGCUUUCAGCCCCGUGGAGCCAGCCAUCUGGAAUGAACUGAGACGUCUCUUCCACGCUGGCGAUCCACGCAAGCAAUUCGAUAUCUUGCGGAGAAGCACACCGGUGACGGAUGAGCAAGGAAACGGGUUUGUGCUUGUGGAGGCGAGGGUGCAAGCGAAAGACGGAAGCAUGGUUGCCAAAGGCGAGCCGUGUACGGAUAACGUGCUUUCGCUACGAAGUCUGCGCAAUGCUUUGAUUGAGACAAAGGGCGAGAAGCAUUUACCUAUUGAGUGUGGUGAGGAGAUUAUUGCGGACAGGAUUGGAGAAUUUGAGAAGGUGUGUUCAGCUUGUGGUCUGCCUCGCUACUGA